UAUAACAUGGAAAUAUUAGAGCAUUCAGUUCAUUCUCGUCAGCAUAGCAAAGAAUGGGAGAAGAAAGAUGUGAAUGGAAUCGGACGGAAUCACACCAAAGAAGAUUUCGUGAAAGAGAAACGAUCCGAGUGUCCAUACCUCAAAAAAUCAAGCAAAGACUCUAAAAAUAUUGCAUCCGACAUGGCUAUGUUAUCUGUAAAUGUAUUAUCAGGUACCGAAAGUGAAGAAUCGUCGCCACGAGGAACUCGGAAGAGUAAACGAGACAGUAAUAAAAACAAAGUUGAAUCUGAAAUAAUGAAUAUUAUUGGUAUAAAAGCAAUGACACAAGACCGAAGAGGAUCCUGCCCGGGGAGUCUGACAGCUCAGAAAACUUGGAGUCCUGCUAGCCAUCGAAAAACACCGAGAAGUGAACGAAAAUAUAAAAACAUCGGAUGUCCUUUUAUGGCGAUGCGUCAAAAUGCCGUCAGUACUGAAAGCGUAGACAGUUUGAGAGGUCCUGAUAGUCCUGUCUUUCCACCCGUCAGUCAAUUAGCGUUUGAAGGUUUUCUAAGCAUGAAAGGGUCGAUAGAAAAUGUUUCAUUUCCUACACCAAAACGAAGUUCAUCUUUUCGACGACGAAGAGUAAAUACUAUAUCAGAUACACCACCCAAUCGUUCGCCUGUCAAAUCCGCCGAUAAAGCUAAGAAACGAAACCGAAAAGUACGGCGUCUACACCGAAAGUACCCGACAAUAGGAGCAUCGGUAUUCUGCAACGCGUUUCCUUUUCAUAUUAUAUUUAAUCGUCGAAUGAAUUUAGUCCAAACGGGUGUCGGGGUCCUAAAAUUAAUGAGCCCACGGUCUAUUGCAGCUAUAAAGGCCACAAAAAUACAAAAACAAGACACUGAUAUCGAAAAUCAUUCUGAGGGUCCUUCAUUUGAAGACUAUUUUCGUAUCACAUCCCCUGAAUCUUCCGAAUCGUGUUUACUUGCAAAAACGACUUCGCCAUCUUCCCUAUUUUCGUGGAUACUGGAUAACCAAGAUGUUCAAUUUAUUCUUGAAUUGAAACGAACCGAGGCAAAAGCAACUUGCGAAUCUACAAUCGGAGAGGUCGGUAUUCAGGGAAUGGAAAUUCGUGGUCAAAUGAUGUACAUACAAGAAGACGACUGCGUUCUGUUCUUCGGAUCGCCACAUCUACGAAAACUCGACGAACUCACGGGAACAGGGAUUUAUAUAUCUGAUAUCCCAAUCCAUGAUGCUACCCGUGACGUCAUCUUAGUCGGAGAACAAGCGAAAGCGCAGGAAGGCUUGAAAAGACGAAUGGACAAACUAAGAUCAACUUGCGAAGAGAACAAUCACGCUUUGGAAAAAGAACGAAGAUUAAACACAGAGCUUUUAUAUUCAAUAUUUCCCGCUGAUGUUGCAGAAGAUUUAUGGAUGGGAAAACAGAUCAAAGCAAGGAAAAUCAAGGAUGUCACUAUGCUCUUCUCCGACAUAGUAGGAUUCACAUCAAUAUGUUCCACAUGUACACCAAUGCAAGUUAUAUCUAUGCUGAGUGAUCUAUAUACUAAGUUUGAUGAACAGUGCGGCGUGUACGACGUCUACAAGGUGGAAACGAUUGGCGAUGCGUAUUGCGUGGCUGGGGGACUUCAUCGUCAAACUGAGACACAUGCUCAUCAGAUCUCGUGGAUGGCAUUGUUUAUGAUAAAAUGUUGCGACACUGCAAAGACGCCAAAAGGAGAUCCAAUAAAGAUGAGAAUAGGUCUACAUUCGGGGCCAAUUGUCACGGGAGUUGUCGGAACAAGGAUGCCACGAUAUUGCAUGUUUGGAAACAAUGUAACGCUGGCAAAUAAGUUCGAAUCUCACAGCGAAGAAAACAGAAUCAAUGUCAGCCCCACUACAUAUGAACUUCUCAAAGACGACCCUGGGUUUAAAUUCACUGCAAGGCCACGAGGGGCUCUUCCUGCCGAUUUUCCGAACGAUAUGCAAGGGACGUGCUAUUUCCUCGACAGUUAUGAACCACCAUUUGGAUUAGGCGCUGUAACAUCUGAUAACGUUAAUAACACUGCAGCAAAGUUUGAAACCGAGGACAAAGAUGGAUUGUUGGAAACUUUAUUGUAAAUUAUGUGAUAAAUUUAUUGUAAAUUAUAAAAUCGUCUUCCUAACUAUUUUUGUUGCGCUUCUUCAAUUUUUAUAACUUCUCAUGGUAUUAAGCAAACUUAAAUUUUUUUGAAUAAAGUGAAAAGGUGCUCGUGAUUACAGAAAUUAACAGGAUUGGUUCUUCGA